GUGGCCGGGUUGUUUGGCAUGAGUCUGAGCAUGGAGAUCUUUAUUGUUGUGUUAUUCCUUCUGUUUUCUCCGUCAGCAGCAUCAACGAAGAGAGGAUACGGCGUCAACAACCACGUCCUCCUCUGUAACGACUCAUACACAUUAACAGAGUCAUCAUGGUGGUACAACUGGCGGACAAACUACAUCGACUUCAUCCACGACGGCUGCAGCCCGAGGGGAGAGUUUGUUCCUAUGGUUUGGAGUUUCCAGAUAAACUACACACAGCAUGUUUCCCAAUCGUCUCACUACAUCCUUGGUUAUAACGAACCAAAUGAACGCGACCAAUCAAAUAUUACUCCUCAAACUGCUGCUUCUCAUUGGCCAGAAAUCGAAAGACUCGCACAAGGCAAGCUGCUCGUAAGCCCCGCCCCUGCUCGUUGUAAUGGCUGGCAUCUCUGCUUCAAGGAGCCCACUGAUUGGCUGGACGAGUUUUUCCAGGCUUGCAGUGGCUGCCGGGUUGACUUCUUGGCUGCGCACACAUACAACUGUGACCCGGAUAAUGACAUGCGCUAUCUGGAGUCUCUGUACAACCGGUACGGUAAACAAAUAUGGCUGACGGAAUUCUCAUGUCCCAAGACAAUGUCUGUACAAAAAGAACUGGACUAUAUGAAACAGAUCGUACCUCGACUCGAAGCGGCACCCUUUAUAUACCGGUAUGCGUGGUACAUCACACGGCAGCCGGACACUGACUAUCUCACAUCUGCAGUCAACCUGCUUAAACCAAACGUAUCCGAGCUGACGUAUCUUGGACAUGUGUACAACUCUCUGCCUGCUGUAUAGAGAUGAUAUCCCGUUAAUGCCUUGAUUUGAUACGGAGAUUAAAUUCCUGUAAUUCCUAGAUUUAGUCCAGGAGUUAUGACCCUAUAAUGCCUAGAAUUAGUUCAGAGGUUAUGAUAUUAUAAUGCCUAGAUUUAGUUCUGAGGUUAUGAUCCUAAAAUGCCUAGAUUUAGCUCAAGGGUUAUAAUCUUAUAAUGCCUUGAUUUAGUUCAGAUGCUUUGAUCUUAUAAUGCCUUGAUUUAGUUCAGAUGCUUUGAUCUUAUAAUGCAUAUGCCUUGGUUUAGUUCAGAUGUUAUGAUCUUAUAAUGCCUAGAUUUAGUUCAGAUGUUAUGAUCUUAUAAUGCCUUGAUUUAGUUCAGUUUUAAUGAUCUUAUAAUGCCUUGAUUUAGUUCAGAUGUUAUGAUCUUAUAAUGCCUUGAUUUAGCCUUUGUCUUAUAAUGCCUUGAUUUAGUUCACAUGUUAUGAUCUGAACAUGCCUUGAUUUUGUUAAGAGAUUAUGACCCUAUCAUGGCUUGAUUUAGUGCAGAGUUUAAGAGCCUAUAAUGCCUAGGUUUAGUUCGGAGGUAAUUACCCUAUAAUGCCUACAUUUGGUAUCUAGAGAAUUUAUGGCCCUAUAAUCUACAACAUAUAGAUUUGUUCAGGUGAUGCAUUUAACGUUAUUGGUUAAAUAUGGCUGGCAAUAAACGGAUAAUAAAACAUA